GUACGCCAAGGCACACCCAUCAGAUUCUAACUACGAUUCACAGGUAAAAUAAUUCUUGGCACUGGCAGUAUGUAAAUGAACAUUAAAUACUCGAGGAAUUUUAACGGUAAAGGCUGGUGUUUACACUAUCAAAGUUUCUCUGAUCACAGUAGGAAUUUUGCAUGAGUAAAUUCUACGUUUUGAAGGAUUUGUUUGAAAUAUUUGAGGGAACAUGGCUCAAUUUUGUUUAAACACUGUAUCAGUUUCCGCAACUAUUUCUUACAAAUCCUUCGAAACUUAGAAUUUAUACCAAUGCAAAAAUUCCUACUGUGAUCACAGAAAUUUUGACAGUUAUUCAGUUUUAUUGUUCAUUAUCUUGUUGUAGUUUGAAACACCAUACGAUCGAGAUCUAAGGUUGAUCUAUGAAGGCCAGAACGCCGUGCAUCAGAUUGUCAAGUAAGUAAUUUGUUCGACGUGUAAUUAUCAGAACUGUGGGCAUCUAUGUACGCUCGAUAUACAACUAAUUUUAGAAGGGUUUUGUUAUGAAUUUUAUACACCUAUUUGACAUACCCAGGAGCAGUUGGAAUUGUGCUAUGGAAUUGUGUUCCACCUUAUUUAAAACAAUUAAACAUUUCGACCCUGCGAUUUCCGGUGCAGUGCUCUAACCAACUGACCUAUAGAGGCCAGUUGUCGAGCUCUAACCUUAAAAGUAAUUUGUGGUCUUCAAAUGAAGACGAUCACCUUUUUUUCAGAAAGUAAAUUGUUUUUGCUUGUCUUCAUUGGAUUUCCUUCAAAUUGCAGUAAUUUACACAUGAAAACUGGUGAUUUGACAACACAAAUCAAUGAACUUCAAAGAAUCAUGUCCGUAGAAAAUUUGGGAGGUGGAGGAAAAGACUCUAUCUCCAGACAGGAAGUGAACAGCAUCAUAAAUCUUCAAAACCAACUGACCAGCGGUAUGGAGGAGGUCAAGUAAGUGCUAGAGGUUCUUAUAGCAGUCAGAUUAAAGGCUGGUUUACACUCUCGAAGUUUCUGUGAUCACAAUAGAAGUUUUGCUCAGGUAAAUUUAGCCUUCGAAUACAGCCGGCCUGAUUCACUCCUUCGUCGUGAUAAGUCCGACGAAGGAAUGAAUCAGGCCAGCUGUAUUCGUAGGCUAAGGUAAAUUCUACGUUUUGAAACAUUUGUUUGAAAUGUUUCAAGGAACUGACGAACUGACUUAACAUUAAGUCGGUUCCCUCAAAUAUUUCUGACAAAUCCUUCAAAAUUUAGAAUUUACGUAUGGGUAAUUCCAUGGUAGUGAUGGCAUUUUUCGAAAAAAAAAGUUGUCAAGAAUUUUCAGAAGCUAUUGGAAACAAUUCUGAACUGAAAUGUUAAGUUGUACUUUAUAUGUAACACGAGUCCACGUAACAUGAGUCACGUGUAUCACGUAGCAAUCCUUACUAUUGUAAUUCAAAAUAUAAAAUUUUGUGGUGUUGGUAGUUUGCCUAACAUAUAGUCUGUUACUUGGUAGACAUUGUAUGUUUCUCCUUCCUAUGGUUCCCACAUUAUGACGUCAUACUGUGUAUCUAUAACUUAACAGACAACGGCAAAAUCUUAUCUAUUUCUUAAAUCAUAGCCUGUGGAGGCGAAGAUGGCUGUGAAACUCAUUAGAAUAACAAUACAACUCAUGAUCUAUGUUAGUAAUCGUUUAUUCAUAAAUCUGGUCCUUCACCGUCACGUGUGUAUUGUAUUUUUGCCCAACUAACCAAUAGCAAUGUUUUAGGAAAGUUACCUAUCCGUGACUCGAACAAUAGGGAAAUUGGAAAUUGCUGUUGGCGUAUUUGGCAAAGAUACAAUACACACGCGUGAAGAACCAGAAUUGUGAAUAAACGUUGACCAACAUAGAUAAUGAGUUAUAUUGUGAUUCUAAUGAGUUUCACAGCCAUCUUCCCUUCGAUAGACUAUGGUUAAGUAGAGUAUUCUUUGUUUCCAAUCACCAUGGAAUAUCACCAUAUUCUGUGUUGUAUUACGUUUAGAAAUAUUGUGCGUGGGCUUAGUGGUGGUGUAGUGAAGCGAGAUGUUGGAGACGAUAGUGGUGGUAACACAGCGAGUGAGAUCAGCAGUUUAAGAAAUAGUAUGGAAAUCAUGAUGGAAAAUGUCAAUCAUUUAGUUACCAAACAACAGGUAGGGACAACUCUAGUUUUCUUUAGUUAUGAAAAGGAAAAUUUGCUUAAUUUUUAGCCCAUCAAUCCUUUUUUUGGUUGUGAAUUUAUUGUUACACUUUUGUUACCCAGUUAUUCAACAACAUAACGUAAAACGCACAAGUUGUUACAGAUCUCCAUACAGGUUGUUGUCAAGCCGAUAUCAGGAUGUGUUCGCACUGCUUGUUCCCAGUUGUUGUAACAAGUCUGGAACAAGUUGUUACCACCUUGUCACAAGGUUGAUGACGGUAACAGACUUGCAACAAGUUUUUCCAAGUUGCCACGGGCUUGUUGUCAUCAACUUGUUAACAAAUUUUUUUAUGUCGGUGCAGAUGAUGUCAGACUUGGAAUAACUUUGGAAUAACUUUGUUGCAAUUAAGUCUGUUUGCUUCAUCAACCUUGUUGCAAGAUGAUAACAACUUGUUGCAGACUUGUCAACAACUGGGAACAAACAGUGCGAAUUCGUCUUGUUGACAAGUUGUGAGCUUUUUAGGCCGAUUGCCGCCACUAUUGCUCAUUGAUUUGUCCAUGUUUUCCACCAUUACAAAAUAUUUCACGUAUUUGUUUUCCUUCCUUAGUUUGCAAGUAAAGAACACGGAAAAGACAAUGAUAAGGGAUGUCCACCAGUGGAAAAACCGAACUGCAUAGGACCUGGCUAUUUUGUGUUUCUGACCGUUGUACAAAUAGUCGCACUUGUAGCUUACUUUACGUACAAAAGUCACAAGGAGGCAGCAGCGAAGAAAUUCUUUUAAUGGAUAUGGAAAUAAGUAUAAUUAGUGAAACGAGGAUGACAUUUCCACUCGAGUUCAAAUUUUGAUGAGAGGUCAUAAGGG